UUGGACUGUCAGAGAUGGGACGUCUGCUUCACUAUUUCAUGCUCUCCUUAUCUGCUUCUCUUUCCACCCAUGGUAAUUGAGGGUGGCUACAGGCCAGUAAAAGUCCGGAGUGAGGGGUUGGGGGGGUGUGGAGAGGAAGAAGGACAGGAACAGAGGAGACGGAGAGAGAGAGAGAGCUGCUGGAAAGGGCAGGCUUUCAUUCAGCAGAGAAACAUGUGCGCUUCUCCCCAAAUUCACUUUAUGUAAACCCAGGGCUGUGAACAGUAUUGAUCCCUGGCACUCAAUGAGAGGACUAACGGGAAUCCAAACAAGGGCUUGGACGCUUACCGGUGCACAAUUGGAACUUGGUACCGCUGCAUAAUGGGUUACAAAGCGCCAUCCAUGCAAUGUGUCUUAAGAUGUCUAUGCUUCAUGCUUCUCCAUUUGUUUAGUGCAGCUCAAGAUGAAGACCUAAGAAGUUGUAGGACUGCGCCGUGUGAUUUGGUCUUUAUUUUAGACGGCUCAUGGAGUGUCGAAGAUGUCAAUUUUGAACUAGUUAGACGAUGGCUCGUCAACAUAACAACAAGCUUCAACAUUGGACAGAAGUUUACCCAGGUUGGAGUCGUCCAGUACAGCGAUGACCCCGUUUUAGAGAUACCUCUGGGGAAGUACAAUUCUAACAAAGACCUCCUCAAAGCCAUGGAGUCCAUCGAGUACAUGGGGGGAAACACAAGGACAGGGACAGCCAUUAAGUUUGCCACAGACAAACUGUUUGGCCUUUCUGAGCGUGGCCCAUCAGGCAUUUCCAGAAUCGCUGUUGUCCUCACAGACGGAAAGUCGCAAGAUGAGGUUUUGAAAGCAGCCGAGGCAGCAAGAAAAAAAGGAGUAAUUAUGUUUGCAAUCGGUGUUGGGUCGGAGACAGAAACAGCUGAGUUGAGAGACAUUGCAAACAAGCCGGCUUCAACUUACGUGUUCUCAGUUGAGGACUACAAAUCUAUUUCCAGGAUUAUUCAGGUCAUACGACAAAAACUGUGUGAAGAGACUGUUUGUCCAGCAAGAAUUCCUAUAGAUUCCCGUGAAGAAAAGGGCUUUGACCUUCUGUUACGUUUAAAUUUGGCUAAAAAAGCAAAGAAGACAAAAGGAGCCUUUUACGGCUCUAAGGCCUACGAAGUCACAUCUCGCCUGGACUUGAGUGAAGCUACACGGAACCUCUUUCCAGAUGGGCUGCCACCGUCAUACGUUUUUGUUGCCACAAUGAGGUAUAAAGGAUCAGUGACGAUGGAGGACUGGGAUUUAUGGAGAAUACAGACACGGGAUGGGAGACCUCAGAUGGCAGUGACUCUGAACGGACUGGACCGCACCGUCAUGUUCACGACAACAAGCACAGCACCAAGUGGAAUUCAGACGGUUACAUUUUCCCAACAAACAACAAGGCUGUUUGAUGAGGCAUGGCACCAGAUGAGGCUGCUGGUCACUGAGGAGGAUGUGACUCUUUAUGUUGAUGACCUGGAAAUCGAGUCCCUAUCCUUGGAGCCCCCAGUUGGCAUUUUCAUCAAUGGAAAAACCCAAGUUGGAAAAUAUGUCCGAAAGGAAACAACAGUGCCAUUUGAAAUUCAGAAACUUCGCAUCUACUGUGACCCGGAGCAGAACACCCGAGAGACGGCGUGUGAAAUACCUGGAGUUUGCUCCAACAGCCCUGACUACGCUGAACCAACUCUCGAGCCUUGUGUUUGUCCUCCUGGACCCCCCGGACUUCCAGGAAUAAAGGGAGACGAAGGAAACAUUGGCAAAUCGGGUCAGCCUGGACCUGCUGGUGCUGAUGGUAAGCCUGGUAACCCUGGAACUAGAGGGAGUCCAGGGCUGCCAGGCCCACCAGGAGUGGAGGGAAAACGUGGGCCAGAUGGGAACAAAGGCGAGCAAGGGAGGCCUGGUGUUUCGGGUGAGAGGGGUGUUCCUGGAUUACAAGGAUCGCCUGGAAAACCUGGAGAGAAGGGCUCAAUAGGAUCCACGGGAAUUUCAGGGCUACCGGGAACAGCAGGGCCAAUGGGUGAAAAGGGGACUAUGGGACCUGCUGGGCCCUCCGGUUACCCAGGAGAACCUGGUCUACCCGGGAGGGAUGGAAAAGAUGGAUUUCCAGGGAGACCUGGUGAAAAGGGAGAAACUGGGACCAGUGGCAUUCCUGGUGUGGAUGGACGGGAAGGCCAUCCCGGUAUGCCUGGAUUGCCAGGGAUUGCCGGUCUGGAUGGAGCAAAGGGGGAAUCCGGAUUACCUGGUCUGAGGGGCUUCACAGGAUCAUCUGGACCACCUGGUGAGGUUGGUUUACCUGGCACACCUGGGUUAAAAGGACAAACCGGACCUAAGGGGAAUAAGGGCGAAGGUGGAAUUCCAGGCACACAAGGGACACCAGGACCUGUGGGGAGUGCAGGAGAACCAGGGAGAGAAGGUCAGCCGGGGCACCCAGGCAUGCCAGGCCUGAAGGGCGGCAAGGGACAAAGAGGAAGUCAAGGUGAAAGAGGAGAGACGGGAAUGAAAGGUGAAAAAGGAGUGAAUGGUCGACCAGGGGAACAUGGCUCGACCGGGCCAACAGGACUAAAAGGAGAGAAAGGGACAACAGGGGAUCCGGGGCAGAGAGGUCAAGAAGGUCAAGUGGGACGACCUGGACAGUCUGGUCACUCAGGCCCACCUGGCGCCCGAGGGCUGCAGGGGGACACUGGUACCCCGGGCCCACCUGGACCUGAAGGACGAUCUGCAAGUCAAAUGUCGGACAGUCACAUACGCCAGAUCUGCAGAGAGAUUCUUCAGUCUGAGCUACCUUUAUUGUUGCUGAGCAACCAGCAGGGUACCUGUACAAGAUGUCAAAGUCGACCUGGAUCUCCUGGUCCUCCAGGUCAAACUGGGCCCCAGGGACUCAGGGGUUUUCCUGGACUUAGUGGUUCCAGGGGACAGCCAGGCUUCCCUGGUCGGCCUGGGCACCGUGGAAUUAACGGUCUGAAAGGGGAACCAGGUUUGGAAGGUGAGAGAGGGAGUCCUGGUCGAUCCACCAUUGGAGACCAAGGGCCACCUGGGCCCCCAGGUCCAAUGGGUCCCCAGGGGUACGGUAAGCCAGGUCCUCCAGGUAAACCUGGGUCUCCUGGUAUAAGCGGAGCAGAGGGCAAAAGUGGAAAUCCUGGCAUCCCCGGUCAGCCUGGGGUCUGCGAUCCAUCCAUGUGCUAUGGUAGCAUGAUGAGGAGGGAUGCUUACAGCAAAGGGCCAAACUAUUGAUGUAAUGCAUCGUUUCAAGCUGUCAUGGAACAAACAGACAUUCUCAGGAAGAUCUCAUCUUAAUAGUUUUACUCUGUCGUGGCAAUAAAAACAGACCUCCUCCAACAACAUGUGUGUGAUCUCAGACAGUCAACAGAUCCAGAUCCCUUCAUACUUUCAUUGGUAUUUUGUAUUAUUUACAUGUCGUUUUUUAAAUGCUUUGUGCUUUUUUAAAGGUGUUACGAUACUUUAGAAUAGGCUCCAUUGGAUCCCUCUCAUCUGAACACCUGAAACUCAUGAACUAUAUGUAUGUCUGGAUUUUUCUUUGGCCAGAGUUGCUGGUACAAAUUUCCCAUAUUGUCCCCUGAUGUUUCUUUUUUUGCAUGUUACUCCUUAUAUUUUCUAUGCACAUUAAUUAGGUGCAGGUCCGUUAGAAACAUGACUUCUCUCUUUCUAGGUGAAUUAUAUCACCAAUAGGUAACGUGUGGAAUUUGCACGUUUUACCAUAAGACUGUAAGUCUUGUUUCAUGUAGCUGAUAAUGAGCUGCUGUAGGCCUGAGUUUCUAUAGCAGUGGUUCAAACAUUUUUUUUUUUCCUUUGAGUCGCCCCCUCCUCCUACUUGUAUCUAAGAAAAGCUGAGCCCCCCCCUCCCCCCGAGGACCCACAUGAAAAGAGGGAUACAUUGCUGUCAAAAAUUAACUUCAAGUUUUAAUUGUUUUAAUUGAUAGAAUUGGCCAACACACACUUCGUAUUACUAAAAGACCUCUGUAUUAACUUUGCAGUAAGUGUGUCAUGAUUUUUAGUGAAUAUGUGCAAAUCUUUUUUUUUUACAACCUCAGAGAAAACUAGACUUUGCGCCCCCUCUGAGAUUUGGUUGGGAACCAAUCUUCUAUGGCAUUCAGUUGAAUCUAAAGUACCUAUCUCAUAUGACAACAGCAAAUACUUUAUAUCAUGAAUGAAUCCUUCACAUUAAACAUUAAUUUUAACAACAUUGUAUUCCACUUUCAAAAUGAUGUUUCUUGAUUGAAGAAAAUGCUUCUUAUUUUUUUGGAACAAUUAUGUCAACAGUGUCCUUGAGGCUUCCCUCUCAUUACUGUAGCAGGUAUUUUAUUGUUAUUUAUAAGAAAAAGAAAAAAAAGGUUAAGGCUGUCUAUUUCAACAACGAUGUGUCUUUAACAGCUUUAGUAUUUUUUUGUUUACCUUUUUGUAAAAAUGACUUUUGUAUGGAUCUUUUUUUUUUAAGAAUAAAAAUAUCUUAAAGAUU